GACUAUAGAAGACUUCCGUGGAGGUCCCCGUGGUCGUGGUGACCGCUAUGAUGACCGCCGUGGUGGUGGCUACGGUGGCAGCUGGCGUCGUGGCGGCGACGAUUACCGCUAUGGCCGCUAUGAUUCCUACAGUGACCGCCGCGACUACGGCGGUGGUCGUGAUUACCGCGACUACGGUCGCCGUGACUACCGUGAUGACUAUGGUUACCGCGGUGGUGGUGGUGGCGGUGGCGGUGGUGGCAUCGACCGUUAUGCUUCUGGCGGUGGUCGCGAGGACCGUUACAGCCGCGAUGAGCGUCGCGGUGGUGAGGAGCGUCGUGGCGGUGGUGGUGGUGGCGGCGGCGGUGGUGGUGGUGGUGAGGAUCGCCGUGGUUACUACGAUCGCGAUGCCAACCCUCCCAGCUAUGGAUCUGCUCCCCCUGCCCGUGAGCCCUAUGCCGGUGGUGGUGGUAGCGGUGGCGGUGGCAGCGGCAGCGGUGGUCGCUCCUACGAACCCCGUGGCGGCGAUGACCGUUACAGCACCAGGUAGGUGGACUGAUCAGACAUGGGUGGUUGAAUCGAGGUCAUGCCACGUUCUCCCUCCCAGGCCUAUCUAGGUCUUCUUCCUCGUUUCCCUUCACUCUUUCCUCUUCACACCUUACCACACCCCUUGUUUCAGUUCACCACCCCCGUCACUUCCCCCUGUUCUUUGGAAUGGUUCCCCCCCUUCUUCUUUUAAUACCCCCCUGGAUGAAUGGAAAUGGGCUCGAAGGGCCACGAUAGGGACGUCUCUGUGUUGUGUCUUAUGCCAGGAAAGCAAUCUAAGCCAAGGGAAUCACUCAUCGUCACGUUCACAUGUCAGCCUCGGGCGAAUUCGGAGCGCCAUCGAAUUGUCGACCUAUUCGACCGUCGG